CGUUAUAUUUUUCGGUCCUUUUUCUUCCUCUCUGCAAAUUAGUUUUCUGACUAAAAACAUGGCGACGAUUCAGAAACAAGAAGUUGAAGAAGACAAAGAGCAGAGAAAUAUUGAUCUCAGAAUCAGCGGCAGAGGAGAUUCACUUGCUAACAUUGACGACACAAACGACGUAAGAAAGACGGUUGCUCCGAAAGAAGAAACUGACACAAACGAGAGAUCAGCUAGAGCUACUCCUCUAGGAUUUACGCCGGUCUCAGUCCAUGUACCGGCGUCGGCUAUGACGGUGGCGAAAAGAGGGUCGUCGAAAGACCGGCAUACCAAAGUGGAGGGCCGGGGCAGAAGGAUCCGAAUGCCCGCAACAUGUGCGGCUAGGAUUUUCCAGCUGACUAGAGAAUUAGGACAUAAAUCCGAUGGAGAAACUAUUCGGUGGUUGCUUGAACAUGCUGAGCCAGCAAUAAUUGCUGCUACCGGGACCGGAACUAUUCCCGCUAUUGCCAUGUCAGUUAAUGGCACCCUCAAAAUCCCUACAACCUCUAAUGGAAACUCUGAACCCAACGACCCAUCUGUUAAAAAGAAACGUAAACGACCUGCGAAUAGCGAGUACAUUGACAUAAACGACGUUGCCGUUUCAGUCUCUGCACCUCUCGCUCCUAUUUCAUCACAACCUCCUCCGCCGCAAUACCAAGCAGCAGCAGUUACAGUUCCUCAGGGUCUAAUUCCUAUGUGGGCCAUAUCAUCAAACGCUGUCGUUCCAGGAGCGUUUUUUAUGGUACCAUCUAUGCCAGGAAUGGGACCUUCAAACCAGCCUCAGAUAUUCACGUUUCCGGCUGCGGCUCCGCCUUUAGUUAACAUUUCGGCGAGGCCAAUAUCGUGUUUUCCGUCGUCCAUAGCUACUUCUACAGUUGCUGGUUCUAAGCCUGCGAAAGAAACGUCAGUUAUGGCAGCGCCAAAUUCGAAUUCUGCUUCUAGUACCACUACAACACAGAUGCUUAGGGACUUUUCCUUGGAGAUUUAUGAAAAACAAGAGCUUCAAUUCAUGACUCCCUCUUCAAAACACUAAAUUUUGGUUUAUCCGCCAUUAACGCUUUCGUUCGAGCUCGAAAUUGGCUUGGAAGUUGGAGGAGACGGAGAGGACAGCACGUGUUCACGUGAGGAAGAGUUUUAAUGGUGUGCACGUGUAAAGUGGGGUCAAGAUUAGGCGUAAAUGGGUUCCACCAUCUGUGGUGGGUCAACACAACCUAAAAUAAAAAAAUACGUGGACCGUGCUUUGCAAAAAAGAGGAGCAUGUGAUGGGACGCGGGCCCCGAAGGUAGUGGGCCCCAAGGAACCGUUUGGGCAUUAUCUCCGAGAGUGGUCCCUAAGGUUAGUUCGGUGGUGGUCCCACAUAGAGCAGUGCGGAAAAUAAUACUUUGGCUGGAGAUGAGGACACGUGUCCAGUGCCCAUCCGUCUCUACGUGAAUACUCAUCCCUCAAACAUUGCUGGCUGGGGACUACCACUGCUUCUACAGAGUAGCUGAACUGGAGAUUGAUAAGGUUGCUGGAUGCACUUGGCCUCAAAGUUGGACUCUAUUUACGAGCUUGUAAUGGACUAUGUAAUGCAAUCAAAUGUAUUUUAAUAUAAUAUUUAUAUUAAAACACUUUCAAUUAUAUUAUAUUAUAUUUUAUUACGAUUUA